AUGAAGCAGUCCAUUGAUGUUAGCUCUUCCCGCCGCAAGAGCAGAAAGGCCCACUUUUCUGCUCCCUCUGAUCUUCGUCGUAAGAUUAUGAGCGCUUCCCUCUCCAAGGAGCUCCGGGAGAAGCACAGCACCCGCUCUAUCCCUAUCCGCAAGGAUGAUGAGGUCCUGAUCGUCCGUGGCACCUACAAGGGUCGCGAGGGCAAGGUCGUUCAGGUCUACCGCCGCAAGUGGGUUAUCCACGUUGAGCGUGUCAAUCGCGAGAAGGCCAACGGUGCCUCUGUCCCUGUCGGCAUCCACCCCUCCAAGGUCGUCGUCACCAAGCUCCACUUGGACAAGGACCGCAAGGCCAUCCUCGAGCGCAAGGACCGCUCCAAGAAGACUGAGGCCAAGCAGGAAUAAAAUAUUCUUUUUUUAUAUUUCAUUUUACAUCAUUCCAUUUCCCAGAAAGACUUUCAGAAAUGAAUAAAAAAAAGAAUUUGCUUCAUCCACGAAAAGAAGAAAAAUGUUCUCUAGACAUUCAAUCAGAUACAAUGCGCUGUGUAAUGUGCCAGUCCUGACUACCUCUAUUUCAACAGAGAUUUUAU